AUGGACGAACAAGAAGUGAAGGCGGCUGAGGAGGGCACGGUUACCACGGACGCUGCUGUGACGGUGGACAGUGAAGAGGUGCAGGGGGCACCUGACACUGGCGACAACGGGAGUGGCGAUAGUGCGGCGCAACAAGGGAACGACGCUGGUGUUGACAAUGUCAAUGUUGAAGAUGAACAACAGGGCAACACCGCUGACAUGGAGGAACAGGCCGUGCCAACGCAGCCCGAUGAUUCCACUGCUGCUGGCCACGUCGAUGAUCAUGACGAUGAUCAUGACGAUGAUGAUGGUGAUGAUGCCAACAGUGGUGGUGGCAGCGGUGGCGGUGCGGAUAAUGGGUCCCAGCAGCAGGAUGAGGCGAGCGCUGUUGCUUCAGCUAGUGCAGAAGCAGUUGCCACAGAUGACGCAGAGGACACCAAUGCGCAGUCCCAACAGUCGUCCUCCUCCAUUGUCGGUCAGGCAGAGGCGCGGCGAGCGCAGGCGCUGGAACGUCUGCAGCUACGAAAGAAGCGCGCAUCUGAGGGCGGUGAUGGCAUGGCUGGCGGCAACGAGGCGGAUGGUCACGAAACCGGCAGUGGCAGCAACAAUAGGGGCGACACGGAUGACUCGAGCGUAUUCGUCGCCAAUGGUCACGGCGCAGACAGCACCGGCCACGCAGACGGCGCAAGGCAGCAGCACUCCAACCAGCAACAACAGGAGGGCCGAGGCAGCCGUACGGGGAGCGUGCUGAGUUCAUCAAGCGGAACAAACCGCAGUCGGACGGCGAGCACGGCCAGCGGUAGCGGUAGCCCGUCCAUCGUCGUCGUGCAGAACAAAGGCCCGCGCGGGUUUAUGAAAUGGUUGAGCGGAACAACAGAUCCACAGAAACAGGCGGCACUGCAGCAACAGCGGGCGGCUGCUCAGCGGCGUGCACAGCUCUUGCAUGAGGCCGAGAUGGAGACACAUAGGCGACAGCGCGCCAACCUCGUCAGUCGACAUUCCUGA